UAUCAAUCCCAAAUUAUUUAAGAUUACGUUUCCAUUCCAGCAAGCAACAAACAAACAAAAUUUAUUUGGUUAAGUGGGUUUCCAAAAAAAUGUCAAACUUUAAGGUUUUAAGAGACAUUUUUAAUGGCGCAGUUAAAUCUGUUCAACCAACAACGAUAAUCAAUAAACAGGUAAAAGUCCUCGAGCGUCAUCUUUGGGUCAACAAUCAAGCUUUCCCUCUAACAAAAGCCUGCUACGCAGUAGGCUUUGGCAAGGCCGUGCUAGGAAUGGCCCUGGAAUUAGAACGCGCUUUGGGUUCGCAUUUAGAGAGGGCACUAGUGACAGUUCCCAAAGGAAUCUUCCAUGAGGAACAAUCCAGUAAAAUCGAUUUUAUCGAAGGAGCCAAGGAUAAUUUGCCCGAUAAAGAGGCCAUGGAAGGAGCAUUGAAAAUAAAACAUCUAGUGGAGGAGUUAGGUGAAGAGGAUUUAUUGAUUGUACUGAUAUCGGGUGGGGGUAGCGCUCUUUUGCCUCUUCCACGGCCACCGAUAACUUUGGAAGAAAAAUGCGCGAUUGUUAAGGAGUUGAGCAGAAGUGGCGCCACUAUACAGGAGCUAAACACUGUCCGGCAACAAUUGUCUUUGUUGAAAGGAGGUGGUCUGGCUAAAUUAGCCAAGCCUUGUAGAGUAGUUUCUCUUAUUUUGAGCGACGUGGUCAACGAUCCUGUGGAUUUGAUUGCUAGCGGUCCAACUGUUGAGAUUGGAGACAAAUCAGCGGAUGCCAUCGAGAUCCUGAGUAGAUACAAUUUGUACGAAUCGGCUCCGAUUUCAAUUAGAAGCGUCCUAAAUUCGCCACCAGAAUCCAAGUCAAAAGAUGAUCAAUUCGAAAACGUAGCUAACAUUAUAAUAGGCAACAACAGAAUUGCUGUUGAAGAGUCUAGAAAGUUGGCAUUGCAAAACGGAUUGCAAUGCGUUAUUGUUUCAAAUAAGGUUGAAGACACGGUAGAAAAUUUGUCCCAAGCCUACUCAAACCUGGCUCAAAACAUUCUCAAAGGCAACCUACAAAAAAUCCAACAAAUUCUAGAACAAUUACCUUUUAAAUUAGAGCCUGAAGCAAUUGAAAACGUACAAGGACUUUGUUUAAACAAACCAGUUCUGCUCAUUUUUGCAGGAGAGCCAACCCUCAAAGUUACCGGCCAAGGAAAAGGGGGCAGAAACCAACAACUUGCCCUAGCAGUUGCCAAUAAACUGGAACGUUCGAAUAGUGGAACGGUGACGUUUCUUAGUGCCGGCACAGAUGGCGUCGACGGGCCUACAGAUGCCGCUGGUGCAAUAGUUUCGUCGGAAUUGAUUUACGAAAACGCACAAAAUUAUUUGGACGAUAACGAUUGUUAUAGUUUUUUUGAGAAGUUUAAUAACGGUAAUUGUUUUGUUAAAAUUGGUCAUACUGGAACAAAUGUGAUGGAUUUGCAUUAUUUAUUAAUCGAACCAAAUGUUAGAAGGAAUAGUUAAUAAACCGUUAUUACAUCUGAUA